GAACACAUGAAGCCGUUAAACGUCACACUUGGACCAGAAUCUCUCGAGUUGUCCCAGUUUUCCACUUCUGGGAGUUUACGACGGCCUCGGUUCUUUCUCGUCGGGAAGUUCAUGCACGGCCCGGCUAGCUGGUGACUGUCCUCAGCAGGGUAAAUAAAUAAAUGCUCGGAUUUGUUCUGCCAGACACGCACACGCUAAGCCCAGGCUGGUUUAGCCACACGCAGGGAGAGCGCAGAGCUUAUCGUUGUGGAAAGACGCUAUGGUUUUGUUGAAGAACCUCCGGCCUCCCACCGAGGGAGUUCGCCUCCAGCAGGCCGACACGACCGCAGUGCUGGACGGACAAAAGCUGGGCAACGGGACGCUCUACAUCGCUGAAACUCGUCUGUCCUGGUUCGAUGGUGCCGGUUUGGGUUUCUGUCUGGAGUAUCCUACCAUCGGCCUGCACGCCAUCUCCAGAGACGUCAGCGCGUACCCCCAAGAGCAUCUCUAUGUAAUGGUCAACGGAAAACUCAGUGAGGAGAACAAUGCUGAAAUGGCGGAGAAGGCAGCAGAUGAAGCUGAUGACGGAGUGGGUAGUGAGGAGGAAGAUGAUAAUGAGGGUGGAGAUGAUGGAGAGGAAGGUGGUAUCACAGAGAUCCGAUUUGUGCCCGGUGACAAAGCAGCAUUGGAGUCCAUGUUUGCGGCCAUGUGCGAGUGUCAGGCGCUGCAUCCCGAUCCCGAAGAUGAUGACUCUGACAAUGAUUUUGAAGGCGAAGAGUACGAUGUCGAGGAGGCUGAAGCUGGUAAGAACACUCACCUACUGCAGUUGACGACGAUAGAUGUCCAAUCGGACGUCUAUUGCCGUCAACGGCACAGAAAACUCACUCAAUGUCAGCCAGUGAGUUAAACGCCGGACGUAUGGAUGUUCAAUUCAGAGCAUGGUCACGCCGACAUCCCCACCUUUUACACGUGCGACGAGGGUCUAUCUGCGCUGACCCAGGAAGGCCAAGCCACACUGGAACGGUUGGAGGGCAUGUUGGCGCAGAGCGUGGCGCAGCGCUACCACAUGGGUGGCGUACGCACCCAGCAGGGCAUGGAUGCACAGUGCGACGAUGGAAUGGAGGUGGAUGCCGAGGCGGAAGCAGGGCAAUUUGAGGACGCGGACGUCGACCACUGAUGGAGCACAAGUGCAAGGGAUCUGCACUCCUUUCAAGACCUCCUGAGGAUUUCCCGUUAGUUCCAGGCACUUCCCGUUUGUUUCGUGUGUAAAUGUCAUCAAACUACAUAGUUCAUUCCCAUCAAUUUACUUUUUGUAAGUGAACCUUCAUGUAACAGUGUGGCAACACAUCUAGUCACUUAAUAAUAAAAGAUAACAUUUUUCUAAUUUA